AAAUUCCUACAUUUCAAAAUGGUUGUAAACAAUUCCGAGACUCUUUUGUCCAAAUGUGCUCAGUUUAGAGGCGAGGAGCAGUUCAUUGAUGUUCGAUUAAAAGUUGGUGAAGACAUCUUUCCAGCUCAUCGCAUCGUGCUGGCUGCGAAUAGCGAUUAUUUCUACGCCAUGUUUACAGAUGGAAUGAGAGAAGCAAAUCAGGAAGUGAUCGAGCUGAAAGACGAGAGUAUUUCACCUGAUAUUUUAACGAUCAUACUGGACUCCAUCUACACCGGAGAGCCUCACCUCAACGAAGAUAACGUGUUUGAAGUUCUUGCUGCAGCAGAUCAUCUUCAAGUGACGAGUGUUGUUCAACAGUGUGGUGAUUUCCUGCUGACCGAGUUUGUGAAGCUUCGCUUUAAUUUUGAAAAAUUCUGCCGCAUCUGGAAAAUCGCUGAUAGCCAUGGCUUGAAAGAUCUGCAGGAAGCUGCCGAGUAUAAAAUUGCUAAGAUGUAUAAAGAUGUCUGUGAAAGCGAAGAAUUUUUGACCCACAUCGAAGUAGAUCAGUUAUUCAGCCUUCUCAGUCGAGAUGACCUCAAUGCACCGACCGAGACGUUCAUCUUUAAAUCGGUGGUGCAGUGGAUUAAACACAAGAAGGAAGAGAGAGUGGAAGUUGCAGCCAAAGUUAUUGGAGCCGUUCGUCUGGGGUUGGUGAAUAUCAGAGAGGUUAUAGCGGAGCUCAAUACGCAAGAAAUGCGAGUUAUUCCAGAGAUCCACACGCUUUUGCACGAAUCACUGUUGUACAGCUACGAGCCUUCAGCUAGCUCCGAGUUCGCUACCAACAAAGCAAAACCGAGGUCCAUGAAAUCGGUAAGACAAACACUGUUUAUCUUUCUAGAUCUCAGGAAAGGUCCCAGGCAGGCUAGUGGGCUAAUUAGAUGCCCUUUUUCCUAAAUUAAAUUUUAUUCAAAUAGUAAAACAAAUAUAACACAAAUAAAAGACAGGAAAAGAGGAAUCACACCUUAAACAAAAGAUAAAUAAAGUCAGAAUACUCCAAAAUUGCAGAAUAAGGCCAACGAAAGACUUCUUUGAUUCAAAAAUGUUUCCAGGCUUACUAAAAGUCUAGCAAAAUCCUGAUACAAUUAAUGAGAGCUACAAAUAUGAUGACAUAACUUGGAUAUUUUCGAAGGGUGUAGGAAAAUUAAAUGGUCUGUCAAAGAUAUUGUUCGAAGUCACAUGAUCACAAUUUGACGUCGUUAGUGGGAAGUGUCGGAGAUUUAUGGAAGGACCGUGAAGAAAGGGAUCAACUGCAUAUCGUAAUCGAUGCAGUAUUGAUAGAGUUUACCCUGAAUUUUCAUCAAAUCCAUGAUUUUCAUCUCACCCGUUGGUAUUCUUGAUAGGUACUUGUGGCCAUUACUCCUCAAGCCCAGAUGCAGUACUUUGAUUUUGAAAUCAAAGAAUGGAAACCUCUUCCAACCAUGGCUCAGUUGACUGAGGCAAAUGCGUGUUUCUGUGCAGAGUAUGUCGGUAAUCACCUGUAUGUAGCGGGAAAAAAGGAGGAAUAUUUUGUUACUUAUCGAUAUGAUACCGUUAGUAAUACUUGGAAGACGCUACCGCCUAUUUUAGGGUGUGAGCAUAAGAUCGAUUCUUUAUGUUCUAUCGAUGAUUAUAUCUACGCAAUCAGAGCAUCGCAGCCACCCCAUAGGUUUAGUUUAAAAACAAAUCAGUGGCAAUGCAUAAAUUCAUUUUGCUUCACUGGAGUUUCUCCGAGCACAUUUUGUUGUAAAGCGUCCGCAGUUUUCAACUCGUGUUUGUUUGUAGUUCAGGGUAAUGGUAGAGUGAUGAGAUCUACCGGAAGUGGGAUUCCUAGAUAUGAGGAGAAACCAGCCGUGGUUUUUUGUUUUGAUCCAGAACUAAAUCAAUGGAAAGCUGGGGCAUCAGCCAAUUGUGCUCAUUUUGGAUCCAGUCUCUUUGUAGUAAACGGUAGACUAUGCAUUGCAGGGGGCACACGUUGUAUUUAUAACAAUUCUGUCGCCCCAGUUGAAAUUUAUAAUGAGCAGAACAACCAGUGGUCUCAUGUUGAACAAAGCCACAUUCCAAACAACAAUCUCGGUGCGGUUGAAGUAGAAGGGAGGGUGUAUUUCAUUAUCAAUAAUUUCCCAAUUGAUAGUGGAAUUAGGAUUCCACCAGGAGAAAAGUAUCCUGUGCCUUUAGAUGAAUGGGAGAAUCUUAGAGAGGUUAAUAGUUACGCAGUUUUGUGCUACUUACCUGUGAGGAACGAGAGUUUAACAGCAGAGUAAUGCUUGUGAUUUGAAUUAAAUUUGCUGUUGUUAACUGUGUCGGCUGAAGAAUAAAUACAACUUUCAGCUUGUCUAAUUAGAAUGCCGGGGUGUUGUCCUACCUCAAAAGCUGAAUGCUUGGGUCUUAUGAAUGUCGGUAGAAUUGGUUCCGUUUUAAAAGACGUAAGUUAAGGGUCGGGCUUUGUUAUUUGCCACAGAUAGUUGUGGGGCUUUAUUUACUUGUUAACAGGGAUUAUUCUCAGUUAUUUUUCUAAAUCACUUUCUUGGUGUCAAUGCAUCACUGUUUUAAAAAGGAAGCCUUACCGUUUGUUAUGAGUAUUCAACUUGAAUAAUAAAGACUAAUUGAUGGA